GCAUGCGCUUUUCUGAGAAGCUGAACUGCCUCUCAUGGAUGUGGUCCACGCGGAGGAAAAGAUGUGGGGAAAGGCAUGGUCUACAGGGGUGCCUUCCUUUUCCAAAGCAGAGCUCUGGGAGGCAGUUUAGUUAUUGCCUAUAGAGACAUCUACAAAACGUUAUAUUUUAGGUUUCUUAAUUUCUCUCUCUUUCUUAAUUUUCUUUCUUUUUUCUUCUUCCUUUCCUUUCUUCUUUCUGUGUGUGGGAAGUCUCAAGUUUUUAGACAGACUGCAGUCAUUAGCCCCAGUGAAACCAGAUUGCUCCUCUUGGAAGAAAAAGGAAAAGCCAAAGACAGGUGGGGGGAGGAAGAGUGUCAUUGCGCUCAGCGCAAGGAACUAACUCUCUUCAGGGAGGAUCCUGCCUGUUUGCCACAGGCAAGGCUAUAGGAGUAACCCUGUUUAUUUCUUUUUUCUAACUUAGAAAAAAUUAUUCAGCCUGCAUUGGCCGGGAAUCGAACCCGGGCCUCCCGCGUGGCAGGCGAGAAUUCUACCACUGAACCACCAAUGCUUGCUGGCUGUGGAGGCAUCUUGCUGGUUGGGAUGUUUAGUCUCUUCCAUGUUUAAAGCGCUUGGCGUGAACUGCGCCUGCUCAUCCUCUUUCUCCCACCUACCCGCCGGAAUCCAAAGCCGUCCUGGACCGCCCACCGCGACCUCUGUAGCCCGGAAGCAGAGAUGGCCGGAAAUCCCAUCACAGCGGUGGGGACCGUGCAGGCUCGAGGGGCAGAUGGGCAACCUGCCCUCCACUUGGCCCUCGGAGCCUGCUUUUGAGCCGGGCACGUAGGGCGACGGCACCAGGAAGUUGUUUCUUAAGUUUAGACCGAACUCCCAACUCCAUGUGCUCACCCAGGCAGGACCCAACGCUUUGUGUAUUCGCACGGUCGACACCCACUAGUCUGCAGGGACGCUUCAGCCCUCCCUGUGAGGAGAGGGGAGGCCGCCCUAUGAGCCUGGUAUCUCUUAGGAGCUCGCCGUCUUCCACGGCCUGCAGCCAGCGGCAGGUGGCUUGGCGGCAGCCUCCCUUCUGGCUCUCUGACCUCUGCAUUCUGGCAGUUCCCACGCCGGGAUUAAAGUCUCCACACCCACACUGCGACCUUGGGCUCUGACUUAACUCUUCCCUUUCAUCCUUUGCGGGACUAAGAUCCCGAAGAUCAGCAGUCCCUGGCUCAGACAGAAGGGCCUUUGGAGGGCCAGGCUCUGGCUAGACAGCCGGGUGUGGGGACGUGGGGCUGCUUCGGACCGUCCGCAGCAUCCACGAGGUGCCUCAUGCUCUAGCAGAGGCAUGUUGAAAAUAGUUUCCGGGAUUGUGUGGCGUUUGGAAUUCUGGGACCUUUCCAGAGGGGUAGAUGGAAGCAAGAGGAUCCUGCUACUCACCAACAAAGUGCCAGCCGAGGGCCAAAGGACUGGAAGGACUCAGCUAGGUGCAGGGGUCAAGAACACCUGCAGCCCUUACAAGGCCUGCAGGAACAGUCCUCUGCCCCUGGGGCGGGUAAAGGCAGUACAGACUGAGGAGCUCGAUUCCAUCAGGAGGGAGCUGAGCGACAUCAAAGCCCAGGUGGACAGCCUGCUGGAGAGUCUGGAGUCCAUGGAGCAGCAGAGGGAUCCGCACACAGCUCAGGUGAAGAAUCAAGCAUCGGACCAGUAUAGCUAGUAGAGGGUGGGAAGCCUUCCAGAUUCAGCUGUUACUUCUUGGGUGGCUUGUUUCCUUGCCUUGUAUUUUUGUAAGGCUCCUGGCCACACCCAUGCAACCUCAAGUAAACUUUCUGAAGCCUGGGCAUUGCAAAUGCUGAAGCAUGGUCCAGCUAGCUCACCCAGAAAACCUCCUGGUAGCUGUUAACUUCUGAGCUCUCUUCCAUGAGUACUGAUGUGGGCAGGGUAGGCCCACAGACCAGCAGAAUCACAUCAUCCCCACUGAACUGAGAUGGUCUUGCAAGAGGCAUCCGGGACUGCUGAGCCCAAUACAGACUGCUUUAUUUUCCUCCUUCCCCACACACCACUAAACCUUGUGGUGUGGAGACUUUUCUGCAGAGAUAAUAAUGGAAAUACACUUAUGUUCCUACAUUGACACCAAGCGGUAAGGUGUAUGCCCUCUUUCAGUUAAACCCACCAUGUACCCUGCAAAGCCAUAAACCAUUCUUCAAA